GCGAGCAUGAGAAAAUGAGGGCGGGGCCCGGGCGUGACGUCAGCGCGCUCGAACCCCUGAGAGUAUUUAUACGCGCUCAGCGCUGAGUGUGAGCGUCAGACGCGUUCAGAGACGCGCGAGUGGAUCAUGACCGCUGUCUGCUGCUGACAGAUAUCAGUCACAUACAGUCGCGCUGCACUUUCAGCUGAUCCGAGCGGAUAUAUCAAACAUUCACCUGGAUUUCAUCACCUGUGCGUCGCUUCUCGGAGGCAGAAUGCGGCGCGCUUUAAUAGACACGGGAAACUAUUACAGUUAGUUCGGAUCCGGAUCUGCGUCUUCGGGAUCCCGAUGUCUUCGUAUGAGCCGCUGCUGCUGGUUUUCUCUCUCGUUACAGACGCGGCAGCAUCACGGUUCCGCGCGUCGCGUCGCGCACGGCGCGUCAUUUGGACACUCCGGACCUUCUGCGCACGCUUCAUUGGGAUCUAGCGGAUAACGUUGUGAAUGGACCUGGAAUUGUGAUCGUUUUGAGGAUAACGCACGGAUUUUAUCCUCUGGAUCUUUGGAUGUUUCCUGAUUUACUGAGAAUUUGGCUUUUCUGAAGCUCCGGUCUGUAUGGACCACAUUUAAGCUUCCCUCAAAGGAACUGAGUCUAAAAUGAAGUUAUGGGACAUACUAGCCACGUGUUUGUUGCUCCUGAGCUCCGUUUCCGCACGUCCCGUCUUCCACAAGCUGCAGCCAUCCAAAAGAGCUGUCAUCCGCAGUGAGACGCCCGCUCUGGACCCCAUCAUCAACUCCCAACCUGAAACCGUGCACCUAAAACAAGCCUCCAUGGAGGAACAAUAUGACGUGAACGGCUUUUACCCGGAGCAGUUCGAGAACGUAAUGGACUUCAUCGAAGCCACGAUCGGCCGACUGCGCAGAUCCUCCGACGCAGAUUCGCAAACCAAGCGGGACAGAGGCCGACAGAAAGGAGCAACAAACACCGAGAGGAGCAGCCGGAAGAGGAGUCGUGGACGAGGCCGUAAGGAAGGCCGAGACGACAGGGUCAAAGGUCAAGGGCGUGGGUGUCUGCUGAAAGAGAUCCACCUCAACGUCACUGACCUGGGCUUGGGUUACAGGACCAAAGAGGAGCUGAUCUUCCGCUACUGCAGCGGCCCGUGUUUCGACGCCGAGACCAACUACGACAAGAUCCUCAACAACCUCACCCACAACAAGAAGCUGGACAAGGAGACGCCGUCUCGGACUUGCUGUCGGCCCGUCGCGUUCGACGACGACGUCUCGUUUUUAGACGACAGCUUGGAAUACCACACUCUGAAGAAGCAUUCGGCUAAAAAGUGCGCUUGUGUUUGACGGACGAAACCAGCGCAGUGCAACAAAUUAUUUUCUUACUUAGUACUUCUGUGUUGUUUUCUAGUAUAAAUGUCUUAACGUUCCUGGAUCAAGAUUUAUUUACUUGACAAGUGAAUUUAUUUAAGAUGUGUGACCCUGCAGUAGAAAAUCAGAUUUAAGUCUCUGGGGUAUAUUUGUAGAAAUAGACAACAAUUCAUUGAAUGAGUUAAAAUUAUAAUUUUCUCUUUUA